AUGUCUGAAGCCGAGUGGAAGGAAGCAUUUGCGCUCUUUGACAAGAAGGGCUCCGGCUCGAUCGAGAGCGCGCACCUGGGCGAUCUCCUGCGUGCUUUGGGCCAGAACCCCACGCAGGCCGAGGUCAAGGAGCUGACGCAGAACGCUCCCGCGCAGAUCGACUUCCCUACGUUUGUCCAGAUCCUGAACCGGCCAAACGGCUUCAAGCCGGCGGGUACGCCGGAGGAGUUUGUGCGCGGUUUCCAGGUGUUUGACAAGGAGGGCACCGGCUACAUUGGUGUCGGCGAGCUGCGCUACGUGCUGACGAGCCUCGGCGAGAAGCUCAGCGACGAGGAGGUCGACGAGCUGCUCAAGGGUGUGACUGUGAGCCCCGAUGGCAACAUCCACUACGAGACCUUUGUCCGCCAGAUCCUGAGCCAGUAA